UAUCUAAACUUAAGUGUGAAUGGGUUUAAAUUUUGCGUCCAUGUUCGCAAGUACCAUAGACUAAACUGCAAGUUCGUAUUAAACGUACAUGGAAAAUAAAAAUAACGAUCGGCCUUCUUUGGCGCAGAUAGAGCAUUAUGUAGGUAUAUUUUCAGUUCCUGUCCCAGUCAGUUCCUCUGAACGGGCUUCUACUAAUACUUUAUACGUCUUUGUAUAUCUAGGGAUUCUAGGGAUACCCAGUUGACAUUAUAGUAUAGUUGCACUUGUAGACUGAUAAUAGUAAUUUCAAAAUUAACUUACACAAAGAAUUCUCCACAUUUUAACCGAGAUGAAUGAUCUGUAUGACAAUGCCGGCAGGAUGUAGGGCUCCGUCUAUAUAAAGCCGCGGGGUUGCGGUUGCGCGCUCCGCCCCUUGCAUUUUUCAUUACCGCCGAGCACGACCUACGAAAAUUUCGACAGAAAAGCAACCGAUAAUUGCUAUUAAGUAUAGUAAUCAUGUACAAGUGUUAAAUAGCUACAUUUCUCAAACAUUGCAAAUCUGCGUACUUACUUACCGCAAAUUAGGUGACACGGUGGUUGAUUAAACUGGUUGUGCUCACUGAUUUUUAGACUGCAGUGUAAAAUAGAAACAGACAGACAUACAAAAUACAAACUCUAAUAAUAUUAUCCACCAUUGUCUUCGGUCCAUAGGGGGUGCGGAUAUACUUAAAAAAUACCGCCAAAACCAUUUAAUGGAACAUGUCAUUAAAUCAUUGCCUUACUCUAACCAACCUUUUUAAAUAUUAAAAUAUUGAAUAAAGCAGGAAUCAUGUAUUCUGGCUGAUUCUGGCACUUAUCAGCCAUUUGGCAAAAUUAAAACGAAAAAAGUACUUAUUUUUAAAUGGCAUUUGCAUGUUUUUUUGACUAAAUGUGGCCAUUAAUAAAUUAUUAAUUAUUUUUAAAUGCUUUGAUUCUGAAAAAAGAAGCAUCAAGAUACAUAAACAUAGUUAGAUGAUACCUAAAAAUACAACUUUUAUUUUAAUUUUCUUUAUUUUACAUUUUAUUGUUAUAGUAUCAAAGAGAAACGAAUCGAUAAUUACACUUUUUUUCUGGUAACACAUGUCAUUCUUAUUUUGACGUCCGCAUGACAUUGACAACCUGAAGGUUUGACAGCCAGCUGAUACGAUAAAACUCCCAUCAAGGAGCAUGUAGAACAGGAAAAGGCAUUUAAAACUACUAAAUACAUUCUUAACUAUAUCUUCAUAACACAAAACAAGCUUAAAAUGAAUUCCCUAGUGCGAAAUAGCAGGUUAGCAUGCCGCGCGUUUUCAACAUCGCUGGUGCGACAAUGCGCUCAGCCGCCUAAGAGGAAGCCGAAACAGUUCUUCGGGCCCAUAACGUGGAAGUCCAUGGCGGUGACGGCGGUGGUGGGCGGCGGGCUGACGGGCUUCAUGCUGUACGUGAGGAAAGAGAAGCAGGAGGCGGUGGACAGGGAACGUAAGCGGCAGCUCGGCAAGGCUAAGAUCGGAGGAGAUUUUGAGCUCGUCGACUCACAGGGCAAAUUGGUAAAGAGUGCAGAUCUCCUAGGCAAAUGGCUAUUGAUAUACUUUGGAUUCACCCACUGUCCUGACAUUUGCCCCGAUGAACUGGAGAAAUUAGCGGAGGUUGUUAACAAGCAUGAUUCAACUCCUUCUGCACCACCGUUGCAGCCAGUAUUUAUAUCUGUAGACCCUAAGAGAGAUACACCUGAAAUUGUGGGAAAAUACUGCAAGGAGUUCUCUCCGCGAUUCUUGGGGCUGACCGGCACGGUGGAGCAAGUGCAGAAGGCGUGCAAGUCGUACAGGGUGUACUUUAGCGCGGGGCCGCAGGACGUCGACAAUGACUACAUUGUGGACCACACGAUCAUCAUAUACCUGGUGAACCCGGAGGGCGAGUUCGUGGACUACUACGGUCAGAACCGCAACGCGAAGGAGAUCCACGACUCCAUGCUGGUCAACAUACAGAAGUACGAGGCCUCCAAGAACUCCUCGUGGUUCUGAACAGGUCCUCGCACAGAAGCACAACUUCUCUUCUGUUCUCGAAGUUAAAAAUGUUUGAGUUUAUCUGGUAAAGUAAGGACGCUAAGCACGGUCAAUGACACUGUGCGAGCGGGACAGCAAUAUACUUAUGCGCGUGUUGUGGAGAUAGGAAUAGGCGGGUCUGUGUACAGAAUUCUUCGAGCUUAGUGUUGUUACUUUAGUGAUUUGUGACUUAUAUCAGCUAUGUCCUUCUAUGCUAUAUGGAUUUUAAAAGAAUGUAAACGAAAAUACGUGGUUCGUUCAUAUGAACAAUGCCUUAUAUAACAUUCUAUGGAAUGAUGCCGUUGGCUGGACGACUGGGUGCACUAUUAGUUAUUAUUUGUUUCGGUACAUACUCAUAGAUACUUUUAAGAUCCAUAUUAUAGAAUAUACAGUUUGGGCAAUUUUUUCACUUACGUUUUUAACUUUAGAGAAUAAAAGACGAAUUAACUGACAUCUGUGGAUGACCCAAUCCGUACAAAGCUUUUAAUUAGAUUAGUCAUGCCUAUAGUUUCGAACUAUUUUUGUUUAAGUGAAAUAAAUUAAUUUGUUAUUAA